AUGCAGCACCUUCUGAUGCAAGUUCAGCAGCAGCAGGUUUCAAGGCCUAGCUCGGGGCCUACGGCCCCUGCAGGAGGGAACAGCAACGAGUUUACGGAACGAGCGGCUUCUCUGAUGGCCCAGCUACCUCCGCUAUUCAAUGUGGAAGAGGUUUUAUCUUCAAUGGUAAAUCCUUAUGAGAAUGCACUGGAUGCGGCAUUACUCCAAGAGCUGGCACGGUACAAUGCGCUGAUCAGCAUUACGCGGAAGUGUCUCCAGCUUGUUCAGGAUGCAGCUGAGGGAGUCAUAGAAUACACAGCGGAAGUUGAAGAAAUGUACCAAUGCCUGAGGCAGAACCGUGUGCCGCAGGCAGUGGUAGCAGCAAGCUAUCCCAUGGCGUUUGGGCUGGCCGCUUGGAUGGCCAAUCUAAGGCGUCGUGUUGAUUUUAUGGCAAUGUGGCUACGGGGCCAGCCUCCACAACCGUUCUGGCUCCCAGGCUGUUUCAGUCCUCGAAGCGUUUGCACAGCCAUGCUACAGCAGUAUGCGAGGCGUCAAAGCCUAAAAAUAGAUUCAGUAGGCUUUACGUUCUGCGUUCUGGAUGAUGAAGAAGACGCUGCAGCGUCUAACGCGCCUGCGAACGAGCAGCAAAAAGGCGUCCCUCUGCCAAUACAAGAGGGAGACUCAGAAGCCAUAUGGACAAAGCGAGGAACAGCACUUGUUGCGCAGCUCGACGAAUGA